CUACAUCCCACGCUAUGCACGGUACAUUAUAACUUGCAUAUCGGUUUACCUACAUAUGUAUUACCUACAUAUGUAUUAUCAAGAACGAAUAGAACGUGUUAUUUCACAGAAGAUGGAUAUACGUGCAUCAUUUAGUCGUAAACAUCACUGAUGUUUCGCGUUCCUCGUCCACGUAAUAGCGUGGCUCUGCGAUGCCUUUUGUAGUAACUUUCGCGUAAACUCUCACGUGCCACAUUAGGCUACCUUUCAUUCUUAAGUUGGACGCACGAAUUCAUCGUGGAAUUCACGCCACCCUAUUGUAUGCGAAUACAAUACGAAUUCAGUAUAUCCAAAAGCGCUUCGAACGAGUGAUACGAAUUUCGAUGAGUCGUCUUGUCAAACAAAAUUUGUUGACUCUUCGAUACAGGGGGAUCUUUCAUUUUAUUGAUAAGGAGCGACUCGGAGUUUAAUCUGAGAUUACUAAAGUAUUAUGCCUAUACGAAUCGAUUACAGCCACCCAGUGUAUUUUGAAAUUUUGAUUAACCUUUUUCUUUGAUAACAUUUUUUUUAUGCUCCUAAUUGUAAGCGCCAGAGGACGUCGCGAUCGAAAUGUUCUUUUCCUAUCAGUGAGCUGUUUAAAUGAGAUUUUGAGUGGGAAUUCAAAUAUGACAGUAUUGCACAAAUAAUUGAGUCUCGCUUGAAGUGAGUUGAAGUUUCAAAAUUACCUCGUUGUUUGUUCGAUUUUUAUCGAUAAAUACGAGCAGUCGAAACGAGAGAGAUUCUUCACUGAUUGUAUUACCAUGCUAAUGUGAUUAAUCAGUAUGCCUCAAGUAGAAAUGCUACAAGCAUGUCAGGGAAAAGGAAAAAAGUCAUUGUCACCAUGGCAAAGAAGUUAGAAGCUUUAUACAGAAUCGAUAAAGGUGAGCCACUGAAAAGUGUGGCUAUUGAUUUAGGAGUAGGAACAUCUACUGUCUCUGAUUGGAAAAAAAACAGAAAAGAGAUUGAAGACUUUUGUGCCAAGAUGGUUUCUAGAGAUAGCUUGGGUAAUAGAGGAACAAUUAAAAAAGCAAAGAAUGUAACACUGGAUGAUGCACUAUAUGUGUGGUACAUACAAGAACGUGAGAAUGGCGUUCCUGUGUCAGGACCUAUCCUUAGAAAAAAGGCCCUCAGCCUUAAUAAGAAAUUAGGUGGUGAUCCUACUUUCACAGCAAGUGUAGGAUGGCUAGGAAGAUGGAAAGCUAGGCAUGGUAUAAGAUUAACCCUCUGUAGUGAAAGUUUAUUGGAGGAUGCUAUUACUAAUGACAGUUCAGAUCGAUUAUUAUUAGAAGAUAACAUUGUGACUGUAUGUUUAUCCACUCAAGAUGAAGAAGUCAUUCAAGACUCUUUCAAUGAUAGAUGUGAUCAAGAAGCAACAGGUGUAAAUCACCUUGAAGCGAAGGAAAUGUUAGAGAAACUGAUUACCUAUUUUGAGCAACAAAGUGACACCUUAGAGAAUGAAAUAAUGACCCUGAGACGUUUACGUGACUGUACAUCAAAGAAAUAUUUGCUGACUCUGAAAAAGGAAACCGCUGAUUUUAUUAAAUAACACUGCCACUAGUUUAUAGUAAUAAUUUGUGUAUAUAUACCUUUCUACCAUCUAAUUUUUCUAAUGUAAAUAAAUUCUGUAAAUAUAUAAUAUUUUUUUACCGUUGAUCUACCAAAAAUUGUACACUGAGCAUCAGUUCUCACGUAUGCAAAUUUGUAGACGAAUUUAUUGGUGUUUACUCCAAGAUUAAUUUGGAUUUGUCCUUAAAUACAUAGAAAGGAUAUUUUUAUCAGGCAAAUGUAAUUUU